CCUCCCUUCAAUCCAAUCAAAGCCAAAUAAUAAUUCUCUGCUUCAUCUCUAAGCAAAAUCUUCUCAAAUCAUAGCCUCGGUUUUUUUUUUCCUAGUCUUCGGAAGAUGCAGAUCUUUGUGAAAACCCUGACAGGCAAGACCAUAACUCUCGAGGUCGAGAGUUCAGACACCAUUGACAAUGUCAAGGCUAAAAUUCAGGACAAGGAAGGGAUCCCACCUGACCAGCAACGUCUCAUCUUCGCUGGUAAACAGCUCGAAGAUGGACGAACCCUUGCCGACUAUAACAUACAGAAAGAAUCCACUCUCCACCUUGUCCUCCGUCUUCGUGGGGGUAUGCAAAUCUUCGUCAAAACCUUGACAGGCAAAACCGUCACCCUCGAAGUCGAGAGCUCCGACACGAUCGACAACGUCAAGGCCAAGAUCCAAGACAAAGAAGGCAUUCCUCCCGACCAGCAACGUCUCAUCUUUGCUGGGAAACAGCUUGAGGACGGUCGUACUUUGGCUGAUUAUAAUAUCCAAAAGGAGUCAACUCUUCACCUUGUCCUCAGGCUUCGUGGAGGUAUGCAAAUCUUUGUCAAAACCUUGACAGGAAAGACUAUAACCCUGGAGGUCGAGAGUUCAGACACGAUUGACAACGUUAAGGCAAAGAUUCAAGACAAGGAAGGGAUCCCACCAGACCAACAACGUCUGAUCUUCGCUGGAAAGCAGCUUGAGGACGGGAGGACCUUGGCUGAUUACAACAUUCAAAAGGAAUCGACCCUUCACCUUGUUUUGAGGCUUCGUGGAGGAAUGCAGAUAUUUGUCAAGACCUUGACUGGAAAAACGAUUACCUUGGAGGUUGAAAGUUCGGAUACGAUUGACAAUGUCAAGGCAAAGAUUCAGGACAAGGAAGGUAUCCCCCCAGAUCAGCAAAGGCUUAUCUUUGCUGGAAAGCAAUUGGAGGAUGGGAGGACUUUAGCUGAUUAUAACAUUCAGAAAGAGUCCACCCUUCACCUCGUUCUUCGUCUCCGUGGUGGGCAGUGAUUAUUCCAAGAGAAAGAAAUUGUCUUUGUCUUAAGUUAAGAAUGUCAUAAUAAGUGCUUAUUUUUCGUGUUUUGAUGUUGGAUUUCUGGAUCUUUAUCUCCUCUGUCAGAUGUUAAUCUAAGUACCUCUGGAAUAAAAGUUUGUGAUCUAUUAUUAUCUGCUUA